AACACUUGUGGUAGUGUAUAAACUAUAUUACAUUUAUUUCGUCCUCAGGAUGCAUCAACAGAAUGAUAUGGGUGCUGGAUCGGUGCCUGCCUUCUUAAAUAAGCUAUGGACUCUCGUAGAAGACCCUUCAACAAACAAUUUGAUAUACUGGGACCCGAAUGGCUUGAGCUUCCAUGUGGUGGACCAAGCACGGUUUGCUAAGGAGGUCUUACCAUUAUUCUUCAAACACAGCAAUAUUGCAAGCUUCAUCAGACAGCUGAACAUGUAUGGUUUCCGUAAGAUCAUGACGAUUGAUCAGGGUGGCCUGAAGACUGAGAAGGACAGCAUGCAAUUUCAGCAUCCUUACUUCAUCAGAGGGAAGGAUCAUCUGUUGGAAAUGAUAAAAAGAAAGGUGUCUGCAAAUCCUAAGCAAGAAGAUUACAAAUUCAGAACUGAAGAUGUCUCCAAGGUUCUGCUUGACGUUAAUCACAUGAAGGGUAAACAAGACCAUAUUGAUUCAAGACUAGAGACGUUGAAACGGGAAAAUGAGGCACUUUGGAGUGAAAUUUCUGACUUAAGACAAAAACAUGGCAAACAACAACAGAUUGUGAACAAGUUGAUUCAGUUCCUCAUGACUCUCGUCGGUAGCCGUGGUUUGGGUGGAAUGAAACGUAAGAUGCCACUGAUGAUCAAUGAUUCAAGCCACAUGAGUCCACCUAAGGCACCCAAGUAUAGUCGACAGUUAUCCCUCAGCAGCGGAAAAUCUCCACCCGAGUUUAUAGAUGUAAUGGUGCCAAGUUCAGAUUCCAGUGAGGUUGAUCCAUCAGUUUGUAAAAUAGAAGAUAUCACAAAGGAAGAUGACUUUCAUGAUUUAAAGACAACAUUCGCGUUAGAUGAAUAUGAUGACAGUCUAUUAUUUCCAAUUGAUUUAACAACGACUGCAUCGUCGACGAUAGCAACAACAUCACUAACUUCAUCAUCUCGGUCAUCGUCACCGUCACUUUCACCGACAAUAAAGGCAAAUUCACAAAUGGCUGAAGCUAAACACAUGAACACUGCCAAUAAACAUCGGUUAGAUAAUUCACCAUUUCCCCAAAUUACGUCGCUGCCAACACCAAGUUCAUCGGGAAAUAACUCACAGGAAAAACUUAUUGACAAGUCUUACCAUCAUUAUCAACGCCAGCAACGUGAGGAAUAUGCUGAGCAACAGGAAGCCGCUCAAUUCGAUGUCGAUGCCCUCAAUUCUUCUCAAAGCGGCUAUCCAUAUGCAGGGCUUAAUUUAUUGAACAGAUUAUACACACGCCGAGAUGAUUUCUCAGAGCAGGUGGAGUUCAUGCAAUCGGAUUUAGAAACUCUGCGUGACAUGCUGUCUGGGAGUCCUUAUUUUGAUCCCAACACCAUGGCUGGGUUGUUCCAUGACGGACAAGAAGGUCACCAGAUGGGCGGAAAGCACAAUGAGCCAGUUGGUAAUGAAGUUGUCCAGUAUAUGCCAGUAGAUCUCCCAAGUCUGUUUGAGCUGACAAGCGAGUCAGACGACCCCACGCUCAGCACGCUGAACACUAUCCACUCUUCCAAGGACAACCUUGAGACUCCCGUUGCUGAGCACCAUAUGAUUGAUCCAUUGUCGGAGUACAUGAUCCCCAACAAAGGGCUGAGCACAGUCACACCAUCUGAUGAUUUGGAUUGAGUACUCUUGUGGCCAUCUAUGGUCUAUAAUUUGACCUACUUUCUAGGUCACCUUAGGUUAGUUUAUUUUGACCAGGCCAUAUGAUACGCUGUUUUAUAAGGUUUAAUGAUGAUUUAUCUAGAUUAUCCAUAAAAUCAAAGUAUUUGCCAUCAAAAGUUGACAUGAGAUCAGUUUUGCAGCAUUCAUUUCCAUUUUUUGUAAAUUGUGGGUUUGUACUUGAAGUUGAGGUUUACAAGUGGUAGCUCCAGAUUACCUAAAACUUCUUUGAAGACUCCGAAGGAUUCUGCGGCAAAAAGGAGUUUUCAGGACGUUUGGCAUUUAGGCCACAUUUUUUUAAAAGUUGGAUUACGAAUUCGCCGGGGGUCAUUUUCCCGAAAGUGGAGAAAAAAAUUAAAGUCACGACGACUAUUUGUCACACCCUCUUUCUUUUACCGUCGACCACAAAAUUGAGGAAAUAAAAAAAUAUUUCACCUGACGAACUAUUCUAUUCAAGGAGGUUUUCAGAAAGAGCUUGUUCCUAGCAGCCUUGGGCUUCUGUUGGCCAGGAUUCAUAUUGGUGACAAACUAUUAAAUGGGAAGAGGUAUAUUCGUCUGAAGCUGUGUACUAUUCUUGAAAUAUAACACAAUUUUUUAUUAUUUUUUGUCCCCCUUAUAUGACCUGAGACUGAAGUUGAACUUAAAAAAGAAGAACAAAUAUUAUUUGUUUAUUUCUCCCACCCACAAAGGUUUUGAGAUUCAAGAAAAAAAAUUUUUCUGUUAAUUUUUUUUAAUUCUCCCCACCCACAUAGGUUUUGAGAUUCAAGAAAAAUACUUUUUUGAUAUAUUUUUUUAUUCCUUCCCCACCCACAUAGGUUUUGGAUCUGUAGUUUUGUCAUCCAACUUAUUAAAAUUUGUGGCCUUACUUGGAAAAAAGGUUUUGAAAUGUCAGUUAUAGUAUUCACAUAAUAAUUAAGAUGUGACUUGCCAUCAAAUUUUUGAUAUCUUCGGUCUUUAUUUUGCAGUUAUUACCCAUCGGCCAGUGGCAUGGCUGAGGGGUAUUGUUGUCCUCUUUGGCAUAAGUCCGUCUGUCAAUCGGUCCGUCUAUCCAUCCAUCGAGACGAUGUAAACACUCAUAACUUAAGGCUGCUUGGAGAAUUUCUUUUCCUGUGGGGUAAAUGUGUAGCACAUCAGUAUGCACUGUUUCGCUGUUGAACAUUGCGUCCAUCCGAUUCACGUUUUCUCCAGCAGGGACGUUUGCUGAAAACGGAAAAAUUGUACUUUCUCCUUUACAAAUUGAUGGAAUAUCAUGAAAUUUAUUACUUCAGAGUGCUUUAAGAUUUUCUUUUCAUAUGCGAUAAAAGUCUAGCAUUUCAGUAGGUGCUGUUCGCUGUCGAAAAUUGCCAUGAUGCGGUUUAGGGUUUCAAUGUUUUCUGUCAUUUUGUUUGUCAUGUGCAGAUGGCUUACUGCACACAACUUCAGCAUAUCUUCUUCAAUAUGAAUGUUAAAAAUGUAUUGUUAUCAGGAUAAAACACUUGUCAACUUAUCAUCUGCCUCAACUUAGUCUUGGGCUGAGGGUUAGUCACGUGCGACUAAGCACAGUAAUGGUCCUAUUAUUAUCAAUGAGGGAAUUAAUGUUAAAUGCUUAUCUUGUGUGUACAAUUGCAUACUGGUUGAACUUUUGAUUGAAUUCCAACUGGAAAGGGUAUUUUUUACAUUACGUUUCUAGAGCCCUUUAUCCCGAUUUUGUUUUAUCUCCCCUCAAGAUCGUCACCCUUAUCCCUCAACUCCAAACAAUAGCAAGGAAGCUGUUCCAUAGAUCAGCCACCCUCCCUAUUACAUAUAUAUAAUUCAACAACGGGCAGCAGGGUUUAACACCUCCUUUUGGUCUAGAAUAUGGGUCAUUGCUGCUUUGUGUGAUCAUUACAUAACCAGAGGUGUAUAAACAUUGUAUAAACAAGCCUCAUUCUAAACUAAACAUUCUGUGUCACCCCAGGUAGAGAUUAUUUACUUGUAUAUAUACUAUGCUUAAUAUAUAUAUAUCAUUGUUUAGUGCAGCACGGACUACUCUGACUGAAAACAUGGUUGAUUUUUGAAAAUAGUUACUUUGAUGAACAGAAAUUUUACAAAGAUUAUAAAAAUUAUUUUGUUCUUAGGAUGCUUUAUGUUUGGGCCAAUUUUUUUAGAACUUUGACAGACUGAUUAUUAGGUCUGUGACUACAUGGAUAUAUGAGCAGUUUUUGCAGUGAAAUGUCUCAUCUUACAAAAAAAAGAGGAUUCGUAAGCAAAUUAACUUAAAAUACAGUGUUUUGAUAUUGGUCAAAUUCUUGGCUCAAUUUUGUUUAAACCGCUGUCAGAUUGAUGACUUUGAUUGCCUGAACAAGAACAUACAUGCAAUUUUGCCUAUAGAUCAUUUAUCUAGAAAAGUUUUAUAAACCCUACUUUCACAAAGAAACCUAAAAAACUAGUGAUAUGUCACAAACGUUAUGUUCCAAAGGACGCUUUGUGUUUGGGCUAAUUUUGGGAUGGUUCGGUUUGUGUGAACAUGAAUGUAUGAGCAAUUAUUGUUGUGAAAUGUCUCAUUUUUCCAAAAAAGAGGAUUUGUGAGCACUCUCUUGGCAUAAUCUACAAAUUUCACUGAUCUGAACCCAUGCACCUUGAAAGGGAGAGCUAGAAAUGGAGUCUUGACAAAACUUCUCAAACCCCUCUUCAAUUAAGCGCAACCAAUGGACAUUGUAACAAAGGCAACACAUAGACAGUUGACAUGUGACCCUCUUUUCAAAAAUCGAUGACAUUUAAUUAGUCUCCGUCAACCUACGUAUGUAGGGUUGAAAGGAGACUCUUGGUUUAGCUAGGCAAAUUCCCCCAAUUUAUAACCCCGUUCCAUGUGACUACGGUGUAUGCAAUGCACUGUGUAUAUCACUGGUGAUUGGAGAACCCAGGUGGAUUCGUGUUCGCGAAGUUUAGGGAAAACUGGACAUUAAGUAAAUCAAAUAGUAUAAUGAGUUGUUUUUCGAAACAUCAAAGGUGUGCAGUGCGAAUUUUCAGAAUUAUUUAGCGAGCAAUAACGACAUAUUUUAGGGGACGAGACAGCCGUUUGGCGAUGGGUCGUGAAAAUUUGAUCCGCCAUUACACAUUCUCCAAACGAGACGUAUUAUGCGACCAUAUCCCCUGCCAAUUUCGAUAGCUUCCAUGUUGGACAGGAAGUGGCCCGUGGAAAUGGACUGAAAAUGGCCGCAAUUGAUCAAUUCGUACUUAAGAGCAACGAUUACAGGAACACACUUGCUCAGACAUAAAUUGAAAUCUUUUAUGAUUCAUUGUUGUUAUACGUUAUUCUUGCUACAAACAAAUUUUCGCGGCAACAAUAGUGGUCAAUACAGGCAGGGCCUUGGAGCGAGGCGACGGCGUUGAUAAGACGAUCAAGUUCCGGUCAUGCGCAAGUCGCAUGUGCAGAAUAGUGUUUAAGGCACAUGUGAACCACAACAUCACCAUCGCUGCUAUCCCAACACAGCGUUAACACAGCAGCAACAUAAACCCAAUGCAAACCUUGCCAGCGAAGAAAAUUCUCAUACCAAGGUCUACAAACCAGUAACCCGACUUUUAAUCUCCAACUACUAUAUAUGUAUAUAUCUAUUUUCCCAAUAAACUUUUAACCAAAACAUACUGCCUCCUCCACUUCCUCAACAAAGCACCCCACAGUUGACGGAGACUCCAGAGUCUGCCUGCAGACUCAACCGACAAUUCUAGUUUUGGAUUGGAUUAAUGCAAUGAGGAUGUGCCUUCUUAGUAAAAUCCAUUGAAAUUCCACUGAAAGUAGAUUGACAAAAAUGCCUUACUAUCAUUACACUUCCAGUCAAUUUCAAAAUUUAAAAGAGCUAUUUGUGAUAGAGAUAUAUUUGUUCCCAACAGCGAUGCUGUACAAUAUUUCAUCUUUUAUUUCUUUUGCGGGGAGGAAAUAUUCUCGAAAUGCACAAACUGAACGGCUAAUCCCAAGGGUAAUCAGGCCAAUCUUGAUAAAAUGGACCCACAGAAUGGGCUAAACGGGGGUCCUUACGGAAAAAUCAUCAAGGGCGGAGAAACGUAGUGUUAAUAAUUUGCGAAUAAAAAUCACAAGAACUUUAGCUAAUUAUGCACCGAAAUGAAAAUUGUGAAAAUGUAUUAAAGCGACAGCUUUUGGCAAUGUAUCUUUCAAUGGUAAUUAUGCAUAAGUGAACACAUCACUUCAACAGAUAUCCACAAAUUGCAAGCAGUUCGCGAAAAUGGCGGUUUACAGUACUCUUCAAGCUCAAGCACCGGGAGUACACUUUUUCAUCCUCAAUCUGAAAGUUUUGCUUUACUGACUUCCGAAACCUUUUUUCAAAUACUUUGAAAAUGUUAGUUUUUUUAAUGAUAAAUAUCUUUGAUAUGAACGACAUCUUCAAUGCUAUCCUUUGAUUUAUUCUUGUUGUUUGUCUCUCUGGAACUUAAUAUAUCAUUAUGUUGUUCAGAAUAAUUAGAUUAAUCGUUGUUUAUAUAUUUUGUUGGCUCACCAUAGGGGAGUCUAUACAGAACCGUAUGUAUCCUGUUUCAAAAAUAUGUGGCACGUUUCUUAACUGUUAGAGCUUUGUACACAGGAUCUCCUAGGUCAGGUUAAUUUCAACACAGAAUUACGGUCAAACUGGGCAAAAGUGAAAAUCUAAUAAGUGUGCUACUUGCUUAAAGGUGCCUCGUUUUCGAUAAAAAAACUUAUGGUAGCUACUCCUAGCUAUGAUACAUCACAUAUCAUACUUUUUGGCUCACCGUAGGGGAGUCUAUACAGUACCGCUGUGUCCUUCAUCCACCACCGUCUGUAUCCUGUUUCAAAACCAGUGGCACGUUUCUUAACCGCGGGAGUUAUGAACUUGAAACUUGGGACAAAGGACCCCACAGGUCAGAUGACCUCUGACACUGAAAUUCAGCUCGAUCUGAUUCUCGACUUGGCAACCAGGUGACCAAAAGUGGAAACCUAAAAAGUGACUCGUUUUCGAUAAAUAUUUGAUGGUAGGUUCUCCUAGCAAGAAUACAUCACAUAUCAUACAGGUUUUUGAUUUGACCUAAUUUUAAAGGUCACAUCGGUCAAAUGCCGUAUAUUGGCUGUUUAAUGUAACUACGGCAUGUUUCUUAACCACUAAAGCUAUUAACUUGAAAUUUGGAAUACAUGACUCCCAACGUCAUACAACCCCUGACACCUAAUUUCGGUCUUAUCUGAUACUUGACUUGGUCACCAGAACGCCAAAACUAAGAGAUAAAAAGUGCAAUAUCUCGCUUAAUAGUGACUUGUUUUUGAUGAUAUUUUUAUGGUAGGUACUCCCAGCAAUGGUAGGUCACAUGUCCUACCAGUUUUGACUUGACCUAAUUUUCAAGGUCACAAGGGUCAAAUGGUGUAAAUUGGCCAUUUGAGUGUAGCUAUGGCACGUUUUUUAACUGCUAAAUAAAGCUAUGAACUUGAAAUUUGGUACUCAUGACUCCCUAAAUCAUGUUACCUCUGAAACUGAAUUUCGUUCCAAUCAGAUACUUGACUGGGUCUCGAGGGGGCCAAAAGUAAAAAGUAAAAAAAUUAAAGAAGUGUAAUAUCUGGCUUAUUAGUGAUUUGUUUUGAUCUUACUUUUAUGGUAGUUACUCCAACCAAGGCUACAUCACAUGUCAUACUGACUUUGAUUUGACUUAUUUACUAUACAUAUAGCAUGUUUCUUAACCCUUUAACCGUCUUACUGCAGGUUUGGUAGUUACAAUUGUAAUGUCUUAGAUAGGCUGGCCUAGUUCCAUCGAUGAUUGUAUAGACGGCAGCAUUGUUCUCAACGAGGCUAUAGCUGACCCAGGAAUGCUCUGAACAUGUUUCGUCAAUUUUGGCUCGUUUGGGGGUUCGGACAAGCGGGGGUCAGGGGUGCCCUAGAAUGUUUAAAAUAUCUAAAAUAUGAACAAACUUGUUUUGUUACAAGAGAGAACUUGUAAGGGUUCACGGAGAAGGCAAUGUAUAUAUGUUUUCUGGCCCUCAGCCUGUCUUUUGAAGGGGCACCCCCCAUCUUGACUCAAGGUCAAGGUCAUCCUGAGGGUCACAACCUGACCCUCACAGGGUGGCAAAUUGGUAUCACUGGAAAGCUGGGAUCAAGGGCUAUCUAAAAAUGAAUAGUUCAUGGGUUAAUCUCUUCAUAUAACUGAGGGAAAAAUUCUAAAGUUAUGAACAGUCUGGUCAAUUUAUCUCUGCAUUAUUUUAAUCUUUUAUUUGAUCUACUUUUCAAGGUCACGGGUCAAAUAGUGUAAAUUGGUCAUUUGAGUGUAAGUAUGGCACGUCAGGUGGCGUUUAUCACCGAAAACAUUGGAGCAUCCUAAAAUGUGGAAUGAUGAGAACAGAAAAGUCAAAUGCUGCCAUGAGUUAUGUUAAGAAAUUGAUUCACAACUGUAUUUGAUAAAAUAUCAUUUCAUACUCAACUCAUCAGGUGUCAAACCUGACCUCAAGAGCGCCGCUGUUUGAAACUUUCUUUGCUGAUGGUGGGAUAAUUAGCGAUAAUUGCUUUCAAUGUAAAUGUAACAAAUGAAGUGUGAACUUUCUUUUGCAAUUAAGAUUAGGCGAGAACAACUUUAUUCAUCAAAUUGCAAAUGAAAACAAAACAUAGGAGAAAAUAUGUUUUUAUUCCCAAUGGUAGUAUGCAACAUGUGAAGCCAUGCUAACUGAGCAAAUGAAUCACAAUUUUACAUGAUGCCGCCAAUGGACAAGUGAAAGCAAAUUGACAAAGUUUAGUGCGCAGCCCGCGAUAAUGCAACGGGCAAAUGUUGCCCAGCCUUCAAGCGGCUUAGCCGAUUUACAUGAGCAAAAAAUAGUCAGAACUCAAAUGAAACAUCUAAUAAACCUGUAAUAUCGACAAACUGUUCAUGUGACGCAUGAAAACAGAAUGAAUUGAAGUUGAAGCGUGCACAAUCUGAAUCGGGCAGCAUUGCUACAUGGACGAGCAGCACACACACAUGGUUGGCAAUUUUGCGGGAAAACCUGGACGGCUGUUAAGGAUCAACUAUUAGUGAAUCGCCAUUUUGGAAAAUGUUAUAAAAUGCCAGAAAUAAAUUUAGUCAGUCUGGCCUAAUUACACCAUUCAUGCCUGUGGUUGAUGGAUCCAGUACAAAUGCAUAUACAUCUUUUUGCAACCACUUCAUCUAAACUAAUUGUUCUUCUGGAUGCCAUUUUGAGGUUUCAUUUCAAAAUGUUUACGAAUAGAUUGGUGAAAUAUCAAAAAACGUCCUAUAAUGACGCAACCUGGCUUCAAACUUGUGUCACCUUGCACUAUGCUAUGCUGCAGUAAGUCAGUAGUUAAGUUUAUUCACUCCAAACGACCACGUUUGUCGUAUACAGGAGGUCAAAUAUACAUAGAUAAAUUGUUUUAAAAGGUGGAAUGCAGACGAAAAUCAACAGGAGAGCUCUCUCGUAAUAGGGGAAUGAACUAAAGUUGAUUCCAACUACAUGACCUUGAUGAGUGCCCCGAAAUAUUUCUUUUCAAAAGAGAAAAAAAUGACCCUGAGGCGGAAAAGAACUCUGUUCUACCAUGUGAUAGGCAGAGGGUGUAUCCACUAGGCCACCGAGGCAACUUGCUUUACUUAUACUUGUGUCAUCAGAAGUUGAUGGAAACAAAAUAUCAAUUUGGCUGUAUACUAUAGCAUGUUUCUUAACACCACCAAAUAUCUAUACGGUGAGCACAAUGGGCCCUGGCUUUUUCCUGUUCAAUCUUGUCUCCCUUUCUUUUGAUUGUAUGUUGUUUUACUUUUAUUAAUACAGUGGGUACUCAAUUAAUUGGUUUUGUGGCAUGAUUGACUGACAUAAUGUUUUCCUCAUUAUGAUAGGCAUUUUAGUUUCUUCAUGAAGUAAUGCCCCUGGUCAAAGCCUACAUAAAAGUGUUUAUGUCCUAAUAGGAACCAUGAAAAAGUUGAAUAGGACAUCCCUGAUUUCAUGAGCCUGAUCAUUGUACAAUAACCACUGCACACAACAAGGCUAACAUGUGUGCUCAUUGUCUGUUAGGCCUAUGCUUCAUUUGUCUUCGUAAACUGGGCUUAUUUCCUAGGCCUAGCCCCCUUCCGUGCCCACUAAUUUCUUACUAUGACCAGUUAAUCGAGUACCUACUGUAUUAUCAAUACAUACUUGUUAUUCUGAACAAUCAAAUUUUGUUGAAAGUGUCCAGAAUCUUUUUGUAAAAUUUCAGAAAUGCAUCUGAAAUUAAACAGACCUCUGAUCAAAAUUCAGGUCUUGCAAUAUAUUGGUAAGGAGUUCACCCAUUUGUUCUUAUUUCAGUUCCUUUCAGAAAUCUUAAAAAAUUGUAAGUGAAUAAAUGUGAGACAUUGGGUGAUAUGAAUAAAGACUAGUAAAUGCUUUUACUUCAGUUUUGUACAGAAAGGCCUUGUGUAAAUGUACAUGGGGUUUUCAGUAAAAGCAAUUGCUAGUCUUUAUUCAUAUCACCCAAUGUUUAGACCUAUGUUUACUGAAGUAGUUUUUUUUGGUAACCUUUCUAUGAAUGUGAAUUGCACUAUUUCAGCCUAAUCAUGUUAAUAGGACACCCACAGGUCCUUGUGUUGACUGUUGAAAGACCUUAUAAUUAAAUGGUUGAAUGCACUUUUUUGGUGAAAACUCCUUUAAGGUUAUAAAGCAAUCUGCUGCUACAUGUAUAUUGGGUUCAUUACCUCUAGAAAUCUUUAAUUAACUGAUCCAGAACUAAUUCAUUAGGAAUUUUAUGUAUUAAAGUCCAAAGGUUUGAACCUCCAGAGUCUAUGAUUUGAUCAGAUUUGGGUAUAGAUCAGCUGAAUAAAAUUUAUUUUGUUCAACUGACUUUUUUCUAUGAGAAACUGGCAAAGCAACUGAUGUAUAAUGAUAUAAGUACCCAUAAGUUGUAAUUAAUCUAAUUUCAUUAGUGUCAUCAUUGUCAACGCAAAUAAUAAAUGUUUUUCUACUGAAUUGUGAUAAACAACGCAAGUGAACACGGUACGAGUACUAUGUCAGAUGAAUAUUCUUGUACGUACUUCAUUUUUGUAUGCAAACGAUUGGCAUUGUUACCAAUAUGUUAUGUAGUACUGUUAUGUUUGUCUGUAUAUAAUGUGUAUAUUUCAGAAAGUUGCUCUGGGGACUGUCUCGAAAGUUAUUGAUGGCGAAAAAUUGUUUUGUUGGUCUUUGGCUCACCGAUAACGUGAGUCUAUACGAUAACACAGUGUCUGUCGUCGUCGUUUGGUUUUGAUUUGACCUACUUCUUGAAGUUUAAGGAAUUGAUACGGAACUGGAGGUAUUGUUUGUCUCACCAAAGCGAUGAGGGUGGAGCUAAAAUGUAGACCCUUGCUUUAGAUUUAUAGAGAUGCGGUGUAGAAACUAUUUAGCCGGUUGAAGGGCCCCUGUAAAAAAGGCCUAUAUUAAAUGUAAUAGGGCUUUUAAAACAGAUACACAAAAAACAGCCAAAUAGCAUCAACACUGUGUGCAUUUUUGCUUUAUCCUAGGUAUCCAAGCGUAUGUCAAGCUUUAUCAUUCUGUUUCAGUCAGAAAUGAAAAUCUUGAGUAGUUUACACAGCCAAUUCCCUUUUCAGGUUAGAAUUGGCUUGUAACGCGUACAAAACUUAAAUGGCCCCAGAACCAGAUCAAGAAGACCAGUCAGUGAAAUGUCGGGAGUUACUGUUGUUUCUAAUUUAAAGCCUUUAGUGCCAGACUACUUCUGGAAAUCUUGUGGAAUUAUCUCAACAAGCUGCUCAACGAAGGAGUUGUUGGUUGCACGAAUUAAAAAAAAGUAUAAGUAUUUUUAACACCCUAUUACAUUACAGCAGACCUGAAGAUCUUUCGUAAAUCGCCGCAUUUAAUGCAUUUUGUUCGAGCAUUCUUUCUGCAUACAAUGGUGUACAUUAUACUUGCAAUACUUGUACAAUGAAGGCAAUACUGGCAGAUUAUGCUUUAAUAAUACGUCGGUUUUGGAGAAUAGGUUGUAGCUAGAGUGACAACAUUUAUGUAGUGGGUGUAUGUAUUAUGGUGACAUCAGAUAUCAUACAGGUUUUGAUUUGACCUACUUUUCAAGAUGGCGUAAAUUAGUCGUUUGAGUGUAACUAUGGUACGUUUCUCAACUGCGAACACUAUUAGGUUGUUACACAUGACCCCCACCAUGAGAUGCCAAAUUUCAGUCUGAUUUGAGUCUUUACUUGGUCAGCUGGGGGCCAAAACGGAAAAGGUAAAAAGUGCAAUAUCUUGCUUAUUAGUGACUUAUUUUUGAUAAUUUUUUUGGGGUAGGUUCUACAAGCAAGGAUACAUCACAUAUCAUAUGUGUUUUUGAUUUGACCUGCUUUUCAAGGUCCCAAAAGGUCAAAUGGCAUAAAUUGGCUGUUAAGAGUGUAACUAUGGCACAUUAUGAAAUUAAAACUAGGUACACAUGACCAUAUAGGCCAGAUAACCUGUAACACUAACUUUUGGUCCAAUCUGGACUUAGUCACCAGGCGGCCAAAACUGAAAACGUAAAAAGUGCACUAUACUGCUUUUUUAGUGUUUUGUUUUUGAUAAUGUUAUGGUGGGUACUUCAAGCAAGGAUACGUUACAUGUUAUUACGAUUUUGAUUCGACCUCACUUUCAAUGUCACGGGGAUGAAAUGGCGUGAAUUGGUUGUUAGGCUUUAAAUAGGGCACGUUUUUUAACUGCAGUAACAAAUUAUCUCAAAUUUGGUAAGCAUGUAUGGUACUAUAUAGUCAGGUGAUCCCAGUUACCGAAGCCUGGUUCAAACUGAUUCACAGCUUGGCCAACGGGGGGGGGGGCCAAAUCUGAAAACUUUAAAGGGACAAUACAUGCAGCCACUAGGCAGGCAAGAUAGAGUUAUAACAAAAAUUUGCUAAUAGGGGUCUCUCGGUAUGGCGAAAUGAUUGACGCUUGUACGAGGAAUAUAUUUACUGCUGAAUCUGACAUGACGCAGGGCCCUUACUGUGUAUAUUUGUCACCUGAAUAUGGCCAAAUUAGCCCCUCUGCUCCUGCCUAUUGUCCCCCUAUUAUAAUGCCUGACUGCCACCAAUCUGAUAUCAUGGGUACAUCUAACCAUGAUAUGGUAUGUUAUGUAACAUGUAUUUUUUCCUCUUCCUUCUUUUCAAGGUCACAAACUAGGUUAAAUGGCAUCAAAUUUCAGUUUGGCUAUAUACUAUAGCAUGUUUCUUAACCAGCAUGAAUUAUCUACCAAAUAUCUAUAUGGUGAGCACAAUGGCCGCUGGCCUUUUUAUUCAGUAUUGUAAUCUGAAGGUCGUGGGUUCAAUCCCCGGGUACGGUGCAAAUUCUUUUAUAUCUUUUUAUCUAUACUAUGUGUGUAUCUUUAUUUUUGCCAUUAUUGAUAAAACACUUUUGACGUGCAGGAUAUAGAUGGUUAUCUUGGAGAUCUGUUUAUUUGCUCUUUUAAAACUAAUGGUUGGAGCUAGAGCAACAAAUUAUUUAUGGUGGGUGUAGCUAAAAACACCCGAGUUUUUGAUAUGACCAACUUUUCAAGGUCACUAUGGUCGAAGUUCAAAAUGUCACUAAGGGAGGCCCGUUUCUUUACUAUUUGACAUAGACUCUUCAGAUUGAUGUCUCCCCAUUAGGUAUAACUACAAUGUUGACAAAGAUUUUGGUCAAUAUGACCUACUUUUCUCGUUUUAAAUUGGUCAAGACCAUAAAAUCCUAUUUGGCUGAUAUCACAAGAAACAUUCACUGUGUGAUCAUUGAUUAAUUAAAACAUGCUAGACUCUUUCAGCCCGUAACUCAUUUUGCAGGGUUUGAUCUGAAAAUCAGACUUUCGAAUUUUUAUACCAUGUGUUUCAAUAAAUUAUUAUGCCCCCGCCAAUGCGUAAAGCAUUGCGGAGGCAAUGUGUUUUACCGAUGUCCCGUCAGCCGUCAGGCGUCUGUAAACUUUUCCUUUCCGCUCAGUUUAAGGAGAACGCUUUUAGCGAUAACCACGAAACUUUAAUGGUGGGUUGACCUUUACUAAAGGACGGUCCUUUCGAAAACGGGCUCGUUCUGAUUCUCAUUAUGGCCUCCAGGGCAGCGUGCUUGAAAUUGGUUUCCGUCAAUUUCGAGGAGAACUAUUCCUCCGAUCAAAUUAAUUUUUGGUAUGUACGUUGGGGGUGACUAGAGGAAGGUUCCUUUCGAAGAGUGGCUCGUUCCGAUUGUCAAAUGGCCACUGGGACGGUGUGCUUGAAAUCAGUUUCCGUCCAUUUCGAGGAGAACCGUUCGUCCGAUCAAUUUUAGUUUUGGUAUGUACGUUGGGGUUGACUAGAGGAAGGUUCCUUUCGAAAACAGGCUCGUUCCGAUUGUCAAUAUGGCGACCAGGGCGGUGUGCUUGAAAUCAGUUUCCGUCAAUUUUGAGGAGAACUGUUCGUCCGAUCAAGUUUGUUUUUGAUAUUUGCGUUGGGGGUGACUGGAAGAAGGUUCCUUUCGAAAACUGGCUUGUUCCGAUUGUCAAUAUGGUCACCAGGGCGGCAUGCUUGAAAUCGGUUUCCGUCAAUUGCGAGGAGAACCAUUUUUCUGAUCAAAUUCAUUUUUAUGCCCCCGCCAAUUCGUAAUGCAUUGCGGAGGCAUUAUGUUUCACCGAUGUCCGUUCGUCCCGUCUAUGUGUCGGGCCGUCUGUCCACCCAUUAGCCGUCUGUAAACUUUUCGUUUCCGCUCAUUUUAACGAGAACGCUUUGAGUAAUAACCAUGUAAGUUUUUAUGUGGGUAGAAAAAGAUAAUGUGUACAGCGGGCAUUACAGACCAAUAACUCUUUCACGAUGUCACCUAAACCCAGUCAGCUAUGGCACCAGCUGCCCGGGGUUGUCUGAAAAACACUUCACUUUCCUAAUACACCAGCUCAAUGUGCUCACGGAGGCAUAUGCCACGCUUGCGUUGCUCUUGUGUUGUAUACAUUUUGACUUUGAAUGGGAUCGAAUGGUUAAAGCUGAACUGCAUGAACAAAACCAGAGCGUCCCAUCAGGCAAUAGUAAGAAAUUCAAACGAUCGAAAGGUCCUUCUGAAUACGGCUUGAAACAUGAUGACCUCCAAUGCUUCGAUGCGCUUGAUUUCACAAACCAGCAAGCCACAGGACAAUGCGGACAGUCUCGGAGAAUUAUGGAAGAGAAAAAAUCAAAAUCUUCUCCAGGGAUUCGAACCCGGGAACUCGGGCUCAGAAUAGGAAUGCUCUAACCGUCUGAGCCAGGGAAGGGGGGGGGGGGCUUUCUUGUGAACUGCUGCCAGCAAAUAUAUCUUAUAUGAAUGGCAAUGAUUCUUUUUUUUUAGCUCACCUCUCUGAGAGGUGAGCUUAUGUUUUGGCGUGGCGUCCGUCGUCCGUUAGCAGGGCACGUUUCGUAACUACUGGAGCUAUUGACUUGGAACUUGGUACACAUUUUCCCCAUGUAAUGACACCUGGGUGACCAAAUUUCAGUCCGGUCUGAUUCCUGAUUUGGCCACCAGGUGGCUAAAACCGUAAACACAAAGUGUUAUAUCUCCUUAAUGCAUGGCUGGAUCAUUGCCAAAUUUUUAUCAUAGGUACAUCUAAUAAAGAUACAUAAAAUAUCGUACGGGUUUUUGAUUUGACCUAAGGCAAGACUAGCAUUGAUUUUUUAAGCCUUUUAGCAGUUCAAUUGUCAAUGUUUGACCGUGACGCAUCAAAUACUGCAUGGGGUUGUGAAUCUGAAAUUUUGAUAUGAUAUUCCGGACAGUCGUGCAAGUAAAUGGUGAAAAGUAAACUGGUAGUUGACCACGGAAAUUUUUUGAUAAUCGACAAAUUAGACAGACAUUGAUAUUUCCACUCUUUUCAGCCAACUGGCAGAAAAAUCUCAAAACACGCCCCCUGUUACCAAAUUAGCAAAAUUCGAAAUAAAUUUUUUCAUCAAAUAAUUUAUUCAUAUCUGUAGACUUGCCACAGCAAAUAUUUUUUCAAUACCUCUCCAAACUUGAGAGUUAAAAACAUGCACUCGUCUAAUCAAUAGGCCUGGACCCUCCAACCUAUGAAUAUUCAUUGGUGGUAUUGUCUCAAUGAAGGUAGAUUUUAGGGGGUUAAAAUUUUGAGAAUUUUUUCAAACUUGAUUUUCCUAAUGUAGAUGACAUCCCACAACUCUCCAACAAAGGAAAGUGAUAUCUGGACAUUUUUGGAGAAAUGAGAGACAUUUCCAAGAGAGGUACAACUGUGCAAAAAGCGACGAAAGAGGACAUAAACGACAAAAAGUCAUGAUUUUGCAGCCAACAGCACCAGGUUCAAAGACCAGCCCUGGCCAGAAUAAGCAAGCUAUGGAGCUGAAAAUUUAGGACACAUCUUUCAGAAUCAAGGCCAAAGUAGUUUCAAAGAAAUUACAAAAUGAAUGGCAACACAACAAGACUUGUAAAAAUGAAACGGAACUUAGACCGGGGCUAGGUUGGCUCAUAUUGGGGUCAAAUUAAGUUUUUUUCUCAUUAUUUUAGCUUGUUUUGGCCUUAAAUUAUCAGCAAUACAAUAUUCUAAAUGAAUUAGAGUGAUUUGAGCACAUUCAAAUAAAAUUGACCCAAAAUGUAGUGUAAAUGGAGGCAAGACCACCAUUGAUUUUUUAAGCCUUUUAGCAGUUCAAUUGCCAAUGUUUGACCGCGACGUAUCAAAUACUGCGUGGGGUUGUGAUUCUGAAAUUUUGAUAUGAUAUUCCGGACAGUCGGGCAAGUAAAUGGUGAAAAGUAAAAUGGUAGUUGACCACGGAAAUUUUUUGAUAAUCGACAAAUUAGACAGACAUUGAUAUUUCCACUCUUUUCAGCCAACUGGCAGAAAAAUCUCAAAACACGCCCCCUAUUACCAAAUUAGCAAAAUUCGAAAUUGAUUUUUUCAUCAAAUAAUUUCUUUAUAUCUGUAGACUUGCCACAGCAAAUAUUUUUUCAAUACCUCUCCAAACUUGAGGGUUUAAAACAUGCACUGGUCUAAUUGAUAGGCCUGGACCCUCCAACUUAUGAAUAUUCAUUGGUGAUAUUGUCUAACCUAUUUUUCUGGCCUCCAGGCGGCCAUCUUGGAAAUUGGUUUUUUGCCUUUUUGAUGCUAUUGAUUGUAGGUAGAGUGACAGAAAUUUUAUGGUGGGUGUAUCAAAUAAGGUCAAGUGACAUAUCACCCGCGUUUUUGAUUUGACCCACUUUUCAAGGUCACAGAGGUCAAAGUUCUCUUAAUCAUCGAUUGGUGGCACGUUUCGUUUCUAUUUGAGCUAGAAAGUUCUAAACUUGUGAGGAGAUAAAUCUAGGGACCCUCUAUUCUAACCCAAAAAUUUGUCCCGCUCGCACCUCAAAUAUGGCUGCCAGGCGGCCAUCUUGAAAAUUAAACAAAGUCGGAUAGAAACCAAAUUUCAUGUGAUUGUAUAUCUAUGUACUCUCUACAACGUCCCUGAUUUUCAGUCAAAUCCAUCUACCAAUAUGGCCGCCAGGCGGCCAUCUUGAAAAGUAAACAAAGUCCCAUUACUCCAAACCCAAUGAUCGGAUUGCAACCAAACUUCAUGUGAUUAUGUAUGUACUAGCAUUGUACCCGUGGCGCAGGCAGGUUCAAAUGGGCUAUACCUUGAAUAGAUUGAAUUGCAAUGAAAAUCUAAUGCAAUAUCAAAGGAGCAAUAUUGAAGAGACAAAUUAAACCAACCAUUUGUCCACAGACUCGGACCCUGUGGCGUGCUGCAUGUGUCCAUAUAAAAGUAUAUCAAUUGGUCCGAAUGAGAUGAUGAGGCAAUGUGAAUAUACCUCGUUCCUUAGUCAGCAAUAUGCCCCUUUUUAUACGGAGAAGAAGGAGAACCCAGAUAGGCCUUCACAUGUCGGCCUCCAAAUGGCUCGGACCAAUUGCACUAUCACUUCUAAAACUUUAAAAUGCGUUGUUGAUGUUCAGCACCGUGAGCAGCUCCUUGAUAAGGCCAUGCCAAGUUCAGAGUGCCUCUUCAGAUACAUCAAGUUUUGAAAGCUGUGGUGAGCACAUAAACAUACCAUUGUAACCUUAAUUUGAAAAUCCCUUCAUAAUCAAGGGCUAGCUCUGGCUAAUACAGUACCAAUAUACGAUAGACCAUCAAUUUGACCCCAGCUCCUUACUGCGGGAAAACCCAAGUCCAUCAACCAAAAGUAUCAAAAUACAUUUUUGUUUACAUUUGAACUGCACACAUGCGUUUGUUUACAAUUUCUUUCCCGCGAAAUCUCGAAGAUCAGGUGACCUACAAUCGUGGAUUGAAAACAACAUUAACCUUGGUUCAGCAGGUCAACACUUGUACAGGCUGUUCCAAUCAUCCCCCAACAGCCAGCCGUUCAAGAGGUAGUGUUAGUAACCCCACAGGGAGUGCAGGUGAUUCAUUAAUCCCCUGCAUAACUAAACACCAAUGGCUUGGCUUCCGUGAGUGAUAAGGAGAAUUGACCGUGUCCGAUUAAAAUUCCCUCAUUACUGCUCCGCUGAAGUAAAUUUCCGAAAAUAAACAUGACGUUGCAUCAGGAUAACAUAUCACCUGCAAACGUGCAAAAUUUCGAGACGAAACACUACCCCCAAAUGGCACUUUAGCGAGCCGCCUUAUAGUAUUAUGAUAUAGAUGUACUCUUAUCAAUAUCCCUAAUUUUCAGUCAAAUCCCAUAACAAAUAUGGCCGCCAGGCCUCCGUCUUGAAAAUCCAACGAAGUCCUAUUACUCCUAAACUGUUGAACAGAGGUCAACUAAUCUCUAUGUGACAUGUACACUCUUCAAUAACCCUGAAAUUCAGUCAACUUUAUAACCAAAAUGCUACACUUUGAUGUUACCGGUAAUUUUCUUUUGUGCCAUUGAGCCAAGAAGAAUAAUAGUAUUCAAUGGAAUCAAAACUGGUGAAACUAGCCAGAAACUGUUCUCCCCAUAUCUACUGCAAAUGACAUGCAUUACAUUAGCCGAGGUGAGGGCAUGGUCCCUGGACCAUUUAAUUUCAGAGAUGAACCCAGAAUUUUCUCAAGUGCAUGUAAUAGAAGAAGAUACCAAGACAAAGGUGAACAUUGCUAAGAGAAAACGUAGACUUCGCAUACAUAAUCACACACAGCAAAGAAAAAAUGACUUUUUUUCCUGCAGUUGCCCACUGGAAGCCGCUGAAAGAUGUUGGAACAAAGAUUACACACAAAUGUUUGCUAAGAGAAAACGUAGACUCCGCAUACAUAAUAUACAUUAUACAUUAUACAUUAUACGCCUUUUAUAAAGGCGUAUAAAACGACAGGCAUUUCAAGCAGCCCAUUGGCCUUGAGGAUAAGAGUGUUGGCAAAUAAAACCAGAGGUCUCGAGUUCGAGUCCCGAUGAGAGGACCUUUUUAUUUUUUUCCUUCCAGAAUUCUCUGCGAAGGUCCGCAUCGUCCCACGGCAUGCUGGUUUGUGAAAUCAAGCGCAUCGACGCAUUGGAGGUCUUACCAUGUUUCAGGCCGUAUUCAGAAGGGCCUUUCGGUCGUUGGAAUUUCUUACUAUUGCCGCAUGGGGUGCUCUGGUUUUGUGCAUGCAGUUCAGCUUUAACAUGUAUAUUUCACAGAUCACUUCUAUAGCAGUGGCAUUACCACAGUUCAGUAGGCAUGAUGCGAUCACUGCAUGAUGAGGCUUUUUGAAUAUAAGGGCAAGCAGAUUACUUUUUCGGUAGGCCUGAAUGGAAAGAAUUUCAAAACUCAGUUUUUGUUGAUUUAAAAUAUUCAUUGCUCAUUUGUUGCGUGGUUUGUUACAUGUUCCCUAUUACUUCAUGCCUUAUCAAUUGCCCCAAUGACUUCACUCAUCCUGAAUGUGUCACGUAGGCAACUAUAUCAUUAUUAACCCUUUGAUCCCAUUCUGAGUCAAAACGCAAUGAACAUAAUUUACUGAGACAGAAUGAUGGUAGAAUAAAAACUGCUCAAGUUCGUACUCAAGUAAACCUGGUACUAUCGUAAAAUUUUGAGAAGAAUUGGCAGAAGCAUACAUGUAUUCACUUCCACAGGCAUUAAGAAAAAUCUUGAAAAAAAACAACAUGAAAAUGAUGUCGAAGUGUACUCGAUUUUUAGCUCACCUUGGGGAGAUUAUAUGAUACCGUGGUGUGCAUCAUCUGUCGAUGUUGUCCGGUAGCGGAGCACGUUUUGUAAGUGCUGGGGCUAGAUGGCCGAAACUUUGCAUGAUGGUACCCUGGGCAAUAUUCCCAGAGCUAUUUUUUAUUUGCUAUUUUGACCUACUUUCUUUCUGGCCUCCAGGCAGCCAUCUUGGAAAUAUAUUUUUUGCCAUUUUAAAGCUGAUGGUUGUAGCUAGAGCGUUGACAUGUUUGUAGUGAAUUUAUCCAAUAAGGCUACAUCACAUAUCAUCCAGGUUUUUUAUCUGACCUACUUUCCAAGGUCACAGAGGUCGAAGUCUAAAAUUUCCCUGUUGCUGGUAUAAUUCUUCAAUAUUGGUCAUAGACUCUUUAAAUUUGAUAUGAAGUUACCUAUUAGGCAUCUCUAGAUGUUGACAAAGAUAUAGGUCAGAGUUGCUACAUUCUGACCUUAACCUAAUUUACAUGGUCACAGAGGUCAAACUCUAAAACUUCACUGAUAGUGACAUAGUUUGUUUGUAUUUGUCCCAGACUCCACAAAUUUGAUAUGUAGACACCUACUAGGCAUCUCUACGUGUUGACAAAAAUUCAGGUCAAUGUGACCUACUUUCAGGUGUGCAGAGGUCAUUGUCAUAAAAUUUUAUGCAGGCUAUAUCUCAAAAACACUUACUGUGUGAUCUUGAAAUUUCUGUCGUUGAAUGAUCAAGCAUAACAUAGCGGUUGAAACACUUCGACCAUGACCAUAUAACCAAGGUCUCUGAGGUCAAACGCAUUCAAUGAAGGCUGUACACUGCUAACAUUUUUACAACAUUGUACCAUCAUGCCAUGCCCUACACAUAGCACCAUUUUAACAACAUGUUGUUAAAAUACUAUGAAAAUUUGGUAGAAAAAAAGGGACUUAAGAGGGAAAAAGGAAUGAUUCCAAGGAGAGAAUCUGUGUUUUGAGUGCCUAUGCAGCAAAUAUAGCUGUCAUCGUUGAGAGGUGGGAGAAACGUCGUCAAUGACCGAAGAGAGAAGAUAUUGCUAAAAUGUUAUCAGUGUACACAGGCCAAGGAAGGUACUAUCUGAUCCAUUUACAAUGGGUGAGCACAUGGGCCCCUGGCCAUUUCAUUACCUCUAAUGCGCUACCAGAAUCCCGGCUAAAUCCUGCAGAACUUUGUUAGCUGUCACAAUUGUGCAGCAUGUAUUCCCAAGGCAUUCAAAAUAGGCAGACGAUAAAAAAAAGAUCGUAACGCCAUCUGAAAACAACCAAUCAACUACAAUCGAUUGAAAAGGUCAUCAAUGCAUUGUGACAUAUGUUGCUUGAGUCACACAAGUGUAUAUAAGGUGUAGGAAUCACGUGAAAGUGCGCGAAAUUUGAAUUAUAAAAAAAAAACGUGAGUAUAGGGUUUGCGGCUGUGAAAUCAAACAUGGCGGGCCGUGUAUAUACAGCUUGCGGGCUGAAAAAGAGGGGGUGCAAUGUUAUGACCUUGACCCAAUUUCCAUUGUUCCAGACGUCGAAUUUUCUGUAACAAUGAUAUUAUCCAGCCACUGACCACAAGCAUAUGGCCCCUGGCCAUUUCAUUAAAGCUGAAUACACAUUACUAAGAAAAAUCAUAAACUAAUCUGACUAAAGCUUCACGUGAACACCAGUAUUCCUUUAGUUUCGAUCAUCUUGAUUCAAUCGGGUGCCUGUCCACGGUAUGUACCAGUGGCGUCCAAAAACAAAGUGACCAAACCCUUCAUAGCCUAAGCCUAUAUCCAAACUAUGAGCAUUCUGAAGAUAAUGAUGUUGCCCCGAAAUGUAACAACAGUUUUUAUGACAGGCCACAUGAUAUUUAUCCAGUGACGUAUCACAUUGUUCAAGAAAAAUUGUUGAUUUAGUAAUACUUGCGAGUUGACCAGAGCUAUUGAUGUUCGGCCACAUAUUAUGUGGUUUUCCGGUAAGAUGUUGAUGUCGUAAAAUUAAAAUAACAGAAUUUCUGUUCCA